AUGGGCGCCCCGCGGCUGCCUCUCCUCGCCUGCUGCGGGCUGGCGGCCCGGGCGCUCCACAUCGGGCCAGGGAGCGUGGAGGUGGACUGGCCCGACUGGUACGCGGAGCAGCGCCUCGACGAGCUGGCGGAGACGCAGUCCGCCGCGCUGCUCCUGGCCGCCCCCCGCGCCGGCACGGCGGGGCCCCAGCAGCGGCGCGCGCGCGCCCUUCCCCGGACCUUCUGGGGGUGCGACGGCCUGCCGUUUCGCAUGGCCAUGCCGGCGCACACGGCCACCCACGCCGUGUCGCAGGCGUUGUCUUCCGUCUCCCCGGCGCUGCGCUCCGCGGGCAUCCCUUGCGCAAGCAACGCUGGGCAGGCCAACGACAACCAUGGGCUUGCGCAGAGGGUCAUGGAUCGUGCUGGCUGGAGCGCGUUCAACUCCUCGGUCUCCUUCGUGAUUGGCAAGGACCCGUGGAGUCGGGUCGUGUCCGCUGCCGCGUGGAUGCGCGGCUUCAACACUUCCAAGGAGCCCGAUGAGCAGAUCCGAGAGUUUCGCGAGUACCUGGAGCGGAUGCUGCCCGAGCACACGCACCCUGCUGGCAUCCACCCCUUCGCCUACCUGCACUCUAUCUCAGAGUUUGCUUACGCGGUGCCUCCAGGCAGGUCGGAAGAGGAGCAGGUUCUCACCUACGUGGGCAGGGUCAAGGACCUGUCCAAGAGCUUCAGGCAUGUCUGCGGGCUCCUCGGCGUCCAGGAGAGGCACUGCGUGGACCCAAGCGAUACCAGGGUCAGGCAGCACCGCGUAGCUGGGACGAACCGCGUGCGCACCGUCGACUUGUUCAACGACGAGCUCCGUGGGCGCGUCGCGCGGACCUGGGCAAAGGACAUCGAGAGGUUCGGCUUCGAGUUCGGGGAGCUGUGA